CACGGACAUUCAAUGCUAACGGACGGUCUGUAAAAGAGGCUCAAAGAAACAAACCAUAGAUGCUAAAGUGAAGCUACAGCUACAACAACAGCAACGUGUAUUUUAAACAUUUUUUCUCAGUUUUUUCUGGUUUCAUGUAGGUUGAAAUAUCCGGAUUGCAGGAGUGACACAACACCCACCACAGUCCCUUCCACCAGUAUGGACGUGUCUCCAGGAUAAAGUAAAUUAUGUCUUUAGUUGUUUACCUGUCACUUCUGCUGGCGGUACCGUGUCACCAGCAGGUCGCCUCGGGUUCGCGUGUCCUCAGCAGUUUGCCCGGUAUCGGAUUAACCGAGCGUCCUUUAAACACCACACCAACCAUGAUGUUCCAAAACAGCAACGAUGAGUGUGACCUUGUGAUGAACCUCAGUGCUGUAAAUCGCUGUGCGUUUGUGAAGAACACACCAGACUGUAGCAUGGAAGAUGGCUUCAUCAACUACCUUCGUGUGGCGUUCUGUCUGCUCCCUCCCAACCUCACACCUCUCACCAUCACCCUCUGUAUUAUAUGGCUGCUCUUUUUGUUCAUCAUGCUCGGAAUCACAGCGUCUAAGUUUUUCUGUCCGAAUCUGUCCGCCAUCUCUUCCAGUCUGCACCUCACUCACAACGUGGCCGGUGUGACGUUUCUGGCUCUUGGUAACGGAGCUCCUGACAUCUUCAGUGCCAUGGCAGCUUUCUCCCACCCACACACCGCUGGACUGGCUGUCGGAGCCUUAUUUGGAGCGGGUAUAUUUGUCACCACAGUGGUCGCCGGCAGCGUGGCGCUCGUCAAGCCUUUCGCUGUGGCCUCCCGUCCAUUUCUGCGUGACGUUACCUUCUACAUGGUGGCAGUGUUUUGGACUUUCGUCAUGUUGUACAGAGGAACCACGACACUUGGAGAAACACUGGGCUACCUUGGCCUCUAUGUGGUUUACGUGUUAACUGUUAUUAUCAGCGCGUACAUCUACAACCGACAGAAACAUUCUGUGAACUCAAGUGUGCGGAACGGUGCACAUAUUCCAGCAGAGUUUCACUCGUCUGACUCAUCUGAUGACGACGUUCCCUGUCUGACAGCAGGGACCAUCCAACAGGAGUACGAGUCAGAGUACAGGCCACUUCUGCCUUACUCAGAGUCCACGGGUCAGAUCCUGCUGAGCUCUCUGAACCCUGUGGACAACAGGAAGUGGAGGAGGAAAUCAUGUAGCUGGAGAGUCUUCAAAGUACUGAAGAUCCCUCUAGAGGUCCUGCUGCUGCUCUGCAUCCCCGUGGUCGACCCCGAUAAAGAGGACAGGAACUGGAGACGCCCACUGAACUGCCUUCAUCUGAUCACUGCUCCUCUGGUGUGUGUGCUCACCUUCCAGUCUGGAAUAUAUGGAGAAUAUAUGAUCCAAGGACAGUUUCCACUCUGGCUGCUGAUACUUCUGCUGGGACUUUUCCUGUCUGCUAUUGUCUUCUGCACCACCACUAAUGAAAGUCCUCCCAAAUAUCAUCCUCUGUUCGCUCUGUUGGGCUUCGUGGUGAGUGCUGUGUUGAUCAGUUCAGUUGCCUCUGAAGUGGUCAGUCUUCUGCACAUGCUCGGUGUGGUGCUGAGUCUCAGCAACACUGUGCUGGGUCUGACUCUGCUGGCCUGGGGCAACAGCAUAGGAGACUGUUUCUCUGACAUCACCAUCGCCAAGCAGGGUUACCCACGGAUGGCCAUAUCUGCCUGUUUUGGAGGCAUCAUUUUCAACAUGCUGUUUGGAGUGGGUUUAGGAUGUGUGGUGCAGAUGGUUCAAACACAUUCUGAUGUGCAGUUUGAAUCAGAGGGCCUGCUGACGUGGAUUCUUGCAGGAUCUCUGGGUCUGUCUUUGGUCCUGUCCUUCGUCAUCGUUCCACUGUGCCGGUUCCACUUGGGUCGGGCAUACGGGAUCUUUCUCCUCAUCUUUUAUGGCAUCUUCCUUGUCAUUGCGCUGCUCACAGAGUUUGGCAAGAUCCACGUGUAGAUCUGACUCUCAGGCCAGUCUGAUAUGUGGGAAGUCCUCCCAUCAUGCAACAGGAGACACUGGAACACAAUCUCUCUUCUACAUGUCAUAUGAGUACACUAUUUAUACUUGAGAAUCAACAGUACACUUUGUUCACGUGCCUUCUACUCAGAGACAUCGGGAGCCAAGCUGGCAAAAAAAAAAAAUCACAAACUGAGACUUUUCUCCUCAGGGGAGAGCUGAAACUUGUCACACUUGUGCCUUUAUUCAACUUGUUUGUGCUGACUGUGAUGGCACUUUGUGAAUCCAGAGGGAAAACACAGGUUGCAGAAAUUUGUACUUAAAAGGGGAACUUUGGUAUUUUUCAACCUGGAUUUUAUUUCCCUAGGUCUUGUGUGACUAAUAGGGACAACAUUUUGAAAAUAAGUCCACUGUUGCGUGAGAAUGCUGUUACAAGCAGCUGCAAAACGAGUUACAAGGGCAACUGUACACCGUCAUGUUACAUCCACUAAAAGUGCUUUUUUGGGACUAAGAUUAUUAUAAGUGUCUGACAACAUUCUGUAAUUUUUCUUUUACCGUUUGUGUGUCCAAGUUCUGAUAUCUGAACAUUGUGAAACAGGUCCCACUCUUACAACAUAGUGGCAAACAAGCACAUUUAAUGGAUUCACAUUGAUGGUGUGUAAUUGCCCUGUGACAUUACAUUGCAGCUUGUCGUGCUAAAGCUCAUUAUAAGACCAAUUUAAAAAAUGUGUUGUUACCGUUAGACACAAAAACAUGGGGAAAAGUAGGGUCCAGGCUUAAAAAUACAGACAUUUCCCUUUAAAACAUUGUUAUUAAGAAAAUGUACUAUAAAUCAAAAUGUUAAAAUGACCUUGUACAAAGCUGCUCUUGGGGCAUUAAAUAAUUUUGGUUUGGUAUUUGUUUUUACAGGUCAUAAUGAUGCUAUGCUGGUCUUUGUUAAAUGAUACAUUAUAAGUCAAUAAGCAGCAGUAUGUACAGUAGUACAGCAAAAAUACAUAAAAGCACUUGACAAUUUGAACAGUUUAUUAAAAUCCCUUCUUAACUAACUCAAAUACAUUACAGAAUAAGAAGUUAUAUAUAAAAGUAAAAUAUUUUGAGUCUGU